AUGAGUAUAUCAAUUGUUUACAGAAUAUUAUUUAUGAUGAUUGCCUAUUUAAAGAAUAAUCUGUUUGUAAAAGGUGCUGAUAAACUUGGUGAGAAUGAAAGAGAAUAUAUAAGUGAUGGUGAAGAUAAUUUUGAGGUAAAUGAAAAUUAUUUAGCCGGAUCAUCACAAUUCCAUUCUAUUAAAUCAAUUAAUCAAGAAUAUCCAAGUACCAGACAUCAAUCAAUUAAUCAUAUAGAUAUUGGAGAAGAUAUAGAUCAAGAAUAUGAUCCAAAACUUAUUCACGCAUCAGAAUUGGAUAUUAAAUCUAAAAUUAGUGAACAUCACUUUGACUAUAAUAAUGUCAACAAUAAUCUUGGUAUUUACAGAGCUAAAGAUGGAUCUGGAUUUAACAAAGUCAAACAAAAUAAAAAUGAAAUUUGGUAUACACCAUAUAAUGAAGAUCUUGCCUGUACUGUCUUAGUUCAUGGAGUUGGUUCCCCUAAAAAAGUUAUUACCAUAUUUACAUUAACUAAACAAGUUCAUAUGUAUAAAAAGUCUGGUAAAAAUAAACCAUGGGAAAAAUUUAAACUGGAUGUUUUUGGGAAGUUAACAUUAGAAGAUGAAUUUCGACUUACCAAUGAUGAAGUUUUUGAUUUAAAUGGUCUAAAUGUAGGACGAGAUGAAACAUAUAAUAGAGCGGAUAUAAAAAUAUUAGCUGAUGAUCCUUCUAAUCCAAAAAACUCAAUAGAAGUAGACCCUUUAAAAGUCAAUGUUAAGAAAUAUAUUUUGGGAAAUUAUCUACAUGAAAUUGACGAUGACGUAACUUGUAAGGAGAUACUAAUACGAGGAGUAAGUGCAUGGAAGUAUAAUGGAGAUGAAAAGCUAAGAAAAUUCAGAUAUCAAAGUGAUUCCAAUACGUUGAUUUUAUUAUUCAAUAAUUGUUUAGUAUCAUGUUAUCAAAUUCAAUCUGGUAAUUACAUUCAGAUUAAGCAUGAAAUUCCUCCUAUAACACUUUUUGGAAAGGAUCAAUAUGGUAACAAAUUUCAACUCAAUGAAGAUCAGUACAGAAUUGACUUAUGUAGAUAUAGUAACGUUCAAUAUAUAUUUAACGGCAAUGUAAAAUGUACUGAAGUUAGAUUUAAUGAUGAGCUAGUAUGGAAACAGGAACCUGGUUUACCACAUGCUACACAAGUAAGAUGUUUGCCAGGAGACCGUUUAGAAAUUAUGUUUGGAAAAAGGGGUUAUAUUUUCAAAAGAUCACCAGAAGUUAGAUGGUUUACAGAUUAUCAUAUAGUUCCAGAAGUUAAAACUGGACCAAUAAUGAAAUCAUAUAGAGAGUUAAUGUAA